CUCAUCAGUAUCUCCCUGAGCUGCGCCCUCCAGAGAUAUAAAUCUGCUCGGUGUGCUUCUGUGGACUGCUCCCAAGUGUCAGGACCCACAGCAGCAGAGCAGAAAUGCUCCCCAACACCUCGCCCUGCUCCUCCGUGCGCUCUGCUUAGGCUCUGCCAUUUUGCAGCCAUGCAUCAUAUCUGUCUGCGGCUCACAUGUGCAUGAUCUCCAUGGCGACUUGGGCACUCGAGGUAGAAAUACGAGCUGCAUCAUCUCCCCCUGUUGUCCAUCGACAUAAAAUGCAGUGUUCUGGAACAUGAGAAAGGCAAUACGUUUCCUCCAGUUCUUUGUAAGCUGAUAUGAAGUAGACAGACACCUUCUGAAGUUUUGUGCAUGCUGUGCUCUUUUUUUCUUUGCUGCAACAAGAAAAGCCUUUUCUUUUAACCUGGCUUCCUUUGAAGAAGUAACUCAGGAAGCUUCAUGGCCUCUCAAGAAUCUGAAGGACAAACAAACCCAGUCUUUAAGGACUACCUCCCUGGUUCUUCUGACCUGUCAGAGCAGGACAAGCCUGCUGAGCCUGCAGGCCCCUGGAAGCAAGCCUCGCACACGCAUAACUUACCACCUGGACUGGAGUACCUGAACCAGCUUGACCGGAUCAUUAUUCAUCAGCAGGUGGAGCUCCUUGAAGCCAUACUUGGCACAGAGACCUGCAGCAAAUAUGAGAUUAAAAACCAUUUGGGACAAAGAGUUUACUUUGCAGUGGAAGAAAAUGGUUGCUUCAAUCGUAACUUGUGUUCACCUAUAAGGUCUUUCACCAUAAGGAUUGCUGAUAACUCUGGCCGAGAGGUGAUUACAGUGAAUAGACCCUUGAGAUGCAACAGCUGCUGGUUCCCUUGCUUCCUGCAAGAGUUAGAAGUUCAGUCCCCACCAGGUACAGUAGCUGGUUACGUUGUACAGAACUGGGACCCGUUUCUGCCUAAGUUUACAAUACAGAAUGAAAGUAAAGAAGAUGUACUAAAAAUAAUUGGCCCAUAUGCAACUUGUGGCUGUUUUGAAGAUGUUGACUUUGAGGUAAAAGCCCUCAAUGAAAUGUCGACGAUUGGCAAAAUUUCCAAGUACUGGUCUGGAUUUGUAAACAAUGUCUUCACCAACACUGCCAACUUUGGGAUCCAGGUCCCAGUAGAUCUUGACGUGAAAAUCAAGGCAGUGAUGAUCGGUGCAUGCUUUCUCAUCGACUUAAUGUUCUUUGAAAACUCUCUGGAUGGCUUCUAACAAGAUGACAGAAACAAUAAAAUAUGCAGAAUGUGUUUCAAAAUCUCUUGAGCUUUGGACAUGAUUUUGAACUGCAC